AUGAAGAGGAAGCAGAAGAGGUUUCUGCAAAUGACGCUGCUGUUCACCGCGGCGCUGAUUUUCCUGCCCGACAUCGGCCUCUGGUCCCUGUACAAGGAUAAGCACCUGGAGAAGUCGGCGGAGCCCGGCGAGCAGCAGACACUUCCAUUGGGGAUGGGAGAUGGACAGCUCUUUACCUGGACAGAUGGCUUGAAAAGGAAGGACUGGCAUGAUUAUGAAAGCAUUCAAAAAGAUGCUAUGCGUUCAGGGAAAGGUGAACAUGGAAAGCCGUACCCGCUUACAGAGGAAGACCAUGAUGAUUCUGCUUACAGGGAAAAUGGUUUCAACAUAUUUGUUAGCAACAAUAUAGCACUGGAGCGAUCUCUACCAGACAUUCGACAUCCUAACUGUAAGCACAAGGUUUACUUGGAAAAGCUACCAAAUACCAGCAUAAUUAUCCCAUUUCAUAAUGAAGGCUGGACUUCACUCUUACGAACAAUACACAGUAUUAUCAACCGCACUCCAGACAGCCUGAUAGCAGAAAUCAUUCUUGUGGAUGACUUCAGUGACAGAGAACAUUUAAAAGAGAAGCUGGAGGAAUACAUGGUCCGUUUUGCCAAAGUGAGGAUUGUGCGUACCAAGAAACGAGAAGGGCUCAUUCGGACCAGACUGCUAGGAGCCUCGCUGGCUAGAGGAGAAGUCUUGACAUUUCUGGAUUCCCAUUGCGAAGUCAACGUGAAUUGGCUGCCUCCCUUGCUUAACCAGAUUGCGCUAAACCACAAAACCAUCGUGUGUCCUAUGAUCGAUGUCAUUGACCACAAUCACUUUGGCUACGAGGCACAGGCGGGCGAUGCUAUGCGAGGAGCUUUUGACUGGGAAAUGUACUACAAAAGAAUACCGAUUCCACCAGAGCUCCAGAGAGCUGAUCCCAGCGACCCCUUUGAGUCUCCUGUUAUGGCUGGAGGACUGUUUGCUGUUAACCGAAAAUGGUUUUGGGAGCUGGGAGGCUAUGAUCCAGGAUUAGAAAUAUGGGGAGGAGAGCAGUAUGAAAUCUCCUUUAAGGUGUGGAUGUGUGGAGGUGGCAUGUUCGAUGUUCCAUGCUCUAGAGUUGGGCAUAUCUACAGGAAGUAUGUCCCUUAUAAAGUUCCCUCUGGAACCAGCCUAGCCCGAAACCUGAAGCGUGUGGCAGAGACGUGGAUGGAUGAGUUUGCAGAAUACAUUUACCAGAGACGGCCCGAGUACAGGCAUCUUUCAACUGGUGAUAUCUCUGCCCAGAAGGAACUUCGCAAGCACCUUAAAUGCAAAGACUUCAAGUGGUUCAUGGCUGCAGUGGCUUGGGAUGUGCCUAAAUAUUACCCUCCUGUGGAGCCUCCACCUGCUGCCUGGGGUGAGAUUCGAAACGUGGCAGCCAAUCUCUGUGUGGACAGUAAACAUGGAGCCACAGGGACUGAGCUGAGGCUAGACAUUUGUGUGAAGGAUGGCUCAGAACGGACAUGGUCACAUGAACAGCUCUUCACCUUCGGCUGGAGAGAGGACAUCCGCCCUGGGGAACCGCUUCACACCAGGAAGUUCUGCUUCGAUGCCAUUUCGCACAGUAGCCCUGUCACACUGUAUGACUGUCACGGGAUGAAGGGAAACCAGCACUGGAGCUAUAGGAAGGACAAAACUUUGUUCCAUCCGGUGAGCAACAGCUGCAUCGAUUGCAACCCAGCAGAGAAGAAGAUUUUCAUGAACAGAUGUGAUCCUUUAUCUGAAACUCAACAGUGGAUGUUUGAACAUAUUAACAUGACUGUUUUAGAAAAAUUUAACAGCAAAGCCAGUUCCUAG